GACGGCGUGCCGCUAUCCUGCAGCAGCAUCGACUCACACAUUCACUCACACACACCCACCCACUCACCCCCCCCCCCCUACCACGUUCACCCUCAGCACACGCGCUCCCUUCUCUCCGCAAGCAGCGACGCAGACCCUCCGCCGCUGAUCACCACCACACAUCCGUCCCACCCAUCUCAACUUGAGUCAUCAUGGAGCUAGACUUUGGCCAUUUCGACGAGCGGGACAAGGCGUCCCGCAACCCGCGCGGCGGGCGCCUGAACGGCCUCCCCAGCCCGACCCACAGCGCCCACUGCAGCUUCUACCGCACGCGCACCCUGCAGGCCCUCACCAACGAGAAGAAGGCCAAAAAGGUGCGCUUCUACCGCAACGGAGACCGCUACUUCAAGGGCAUCGUGUACGCCGUGGCCAACGACCGAUUCCGCACCUUCGACGCGCUGCUGGCCGACCUCACGCGCUCGCUCUCCGACCACAUCAACCUGCCGCAGGGCGUCCGCUUCAUCUUCACCAUCGACGGCGCGCGCAAGAUCUGCUCAAUGGACGAGCUGGAGGAAGGGGAAAGCUACGUCUGUGCAUCGGAGAACAUCUACAAGAAGGUCGACUACACGAAGAACGUCAACCCCAACUGGUCCGUGAACGUGAAGGCCUCGGCGAGUCAGAAGCACAUGCAAGCCUUCGCCGCCAGGGCCGCCGCCGCCGCCGACUCCUCCAGCGAGGGGAAGGACUUUGUCCGGCCCAAGCUGGUGACGGUGAUGCGCAGCGGCGUGAAGCCGCGCAAGGCCGUGCGCAUCCUGCUCAACAAGAAAACGGCGCACUCUUUCGAGCAGGUGCUCACCGACAUCACGGAGGCCAUCAAACUGGAAAGCGGCGUGGUGAAGAGGAUCUACACGCUGGAUGGGAAGCAGGUCACCUGCCUUCAAGAUUUCUUUGGCGAGGACGACGUCUUCAUCGCGUGUGGACCAGAGAAAUUCCGCUACGCCCAGGACGACUUCUCCCUGGAUCAGAACGAAUGCAGAGUGAUGAAAGGAUCCAAAGCUCAACGUGGUUCAAUCAAGAGUCCUGGUCCAAUCAGGCGCAUCAAGUCUCCUGCUGAAUCAACCAACGGGACGGGCUCCAGCAGCCAGCUCUCCACCCCCAACAGUCCAGGCCUCAACAACAAGCAGAAGGAUCUCUACUUGCCCUUAUCUCUGGAUGAUGACGACUCCCUCGGCGAAUCGAUGUAGACCCGCCUCCUUUUUUGGCCUGAAACACAGAAGUUUUUAUACCUCUGCUGCUUCCCACCUACACUCCCAGUGCCACCUGUUGUCUAGGAGAACCAUUCUGUCUUUUUAAGGCCUUCGCCUCCGGGGCUAUGACACCAUUUGCUGCUUGAGAAGAACAGUUUUUUUUGGGUUUGUUUCUUUUUUUUUUCUUUUUUUUUAAAUCAGUUUCACCCACGUUGAAACAAUGAGUUCAAUAAUGUCCAGACACCAUUUAAAAAAAAAAAAAAAAAAGGUGCACAUGGUUCACUAACCAGCUGAUUACACAGUGUGGGAAAUUUCCCUUUUUCGGUCUCAAACAUUUGGUUGACGGGUUCACUUACUUUAAUAUUUGUGUCACAGAAUUCCAAGCAGCAAAUGGAUAAUUUCUAGGGGUGUUAGUCAGAGCUGACCUAACUUUUUCUAAUCACUUGUGUUCGUGACGUUUCCUCCGUGUCCUCCUGUCCUACAGUCUAAGGUGUGAAAGGUAAAUGGUUCCUCGUCAGAAGAGAUCUGCUAAGCCCGACGGUCUUUCUUACCCGCUGUAAAUACUGUGUACAGCUAUCCCAUCAUGACGUCUCUGCCCGCCGCUCUGCUCCCAUCACGCCACCACCAUGUCCGUCUUAACGUUAGCUCGACAUGACGGUCCGGUCAAAGUAAAAGAGGCGCCAACAAAAGCCCCGCCACGGCGAGUGGGACGCUGCCCCCCCCGACUGAGGAGGAUUAUGGGAAGCCGGAGCCUCCUCCAGUCAUGUUCUCCACUGAAUUAUAUAAACGGGAAGAUUAUACAACCAUGAAUAAAAUGACACAGCGGAGGCCUCAAAAUCCUUCCCGUGGCAAUAAUUUGCAAGCGUCCUGUCUAAUCGGGGACAUGAGAUCACUUUUUCCCACGUAGCCCUCCGCGAUGCCUUUGUGUUGCCGUUUCCUCUAUUUUGACCCUCUGCAUAGAGAGUAAACUAUACAUGGUACACAUCUGUGUUUUUAGAUUUUUCAUCAACAGCAGUGCGUAUUAACUGGUUUUUAAACUUAAGACUAAGCUGAUUUGAAGGACAUGAUGGUGCAUAAAAACAACCAAAGGAAAACGUACUGGGCCCUUAAUAAAAUAAAUACACCCAUUCAGUGCAGUCUAAAUCAUUCCCUUUAUGCCAGCUGGAGACGUUUUAUAAGACAAUAUGCGAAAUUGAAAUAAUUGAGGUGUCAAAGCCAAAGUACGAUGUUUUACGUAUGAUGAGGAUUUUCUGACCAAUUACUAUAGAAAAGGGAAAAUAUGUAAGUUUAUUAGUAAAUAUGCUGAAGGAAGCACACCUGGAGAGUUAUGCAUGUUACUUUUUAAUGCAUCAAACAUGAACGUAGAGAUUAAAUAAGUCAUGCUCAUCUGGGGAAAUGAUUGUUGUAUCAGGGCCUAGUUGGGUUUCUCCUAGUUUGCAUGUUCUCUGAUACAGAACAUAAUGUUUGUCUAAAUUUGUGUGGGUUUUAAAAUUUUUAUAAAGUUUUAUUAAUUUAUAUCAAGGGUACUCUUUCUUUCUAGUUGCUCACAUGAGCUCUUCACACUAGCGCUUUGAUCAAGCCUGUGUGCGACUUUCUACGGCCAUAUUUCCUAUCGAUUAAAUAUAUCGCCAUCCAAUCGCUAAAUUGGACACUGAAGCACAAAGCAGGGAGCAACUUGUUUAUCGCAGCAACAGACACUUUACGGUCUACUUGCCAGCAUUUAAAUGCGUGACAAUUCUUUUUUUUUCUUUUAUUAAAAUAAAAAUGCUGCCCAUGUAGCAUCCUUUUUAAAUUAACAUCUAUGCAUUCGGACUCGAAUAGUUGACAUAUUUUUUUUCCUUUUCGGUAGACAUGACCUUUUUAUACCCAAUAGCGUAAUGAUAAAUAAACCAAGGGGGGGGGAAAUGACCAUUCAGGUAAAUCUAUUGUGAUGAUGCGAGAGAGUUGUAGGAGUGAUGGGGCGCUUUUAAAAAGGCGUUUAGCCAUUUAAUGCUAACCAAACGAUCCGCUGCUGAAAGCUGCACGUCCCUCCUGCAGGGAGCGCUGUCACAACGGCCAAUGACAUCGCCUCGUCCAACCGCGGGGACGCCUCACCCAUUUUGUACAAAAAGCCCCAGUUGUUGUCCCACCGUUCUGUAUAACCUCACAUGCUAACGAUGUUAGUUUCCUUGAUUUUUUUUCUCCAGCUUAUUACCGCGAUAUAAAACAAAUGUUGGUUGUCUCGUGUUCACCUGCCUCCACCACGCCAGACGGAUGGUGUGACUUCAUCACCUACAGUGGUGCCUUUUUUUUGUUUUUUAGGAUUACUGUCUUUUUGAUAAAUUAUUAAAAUAGGACAUCGAAAGCUUGAUCUUUGUUAACGGCUGUUUGUAAAACAUUUUUAAACGUCUUGAAUGAUUUAGGCCUCAACAAACUUUGUUUUGUAGAGCUACAGGACACUUUAUUGUGGUGUAAAUACGCUCCCUUCCUGUUCUCUAUCAUUUGUAAGCCUUUCUGAUCGAAUGAAUGACUUUCUUUUUUCUUGGAAAUUAAUAAUGUCCUUUUUAGUGGUAUUUUGCAAUGUCACAGUGGCUCGUUUCAGUGGUUCAUUCAGUGUAUUAACCGGUAUCCUUUUGCAAUUAAAACAGUUGUAUUUCA